UCCUUUAAAUGCUUAUGAUGUAAAAUUUGUGCGACUAUUUUGGGGACUGUAGCACGUGAAGUAGGGAGUUUGAGCUUUCCAAAGUCACAAAAUGAGUUUCAUUGAGUACCAGAAUGACAUCAAAGAUGGUGAUACUGCUAUUGUGUUCCUAGGACAUGACUCCAUGUUUCCUAUAAAAGUUCAGCAUGGAAGCCAAACACAGACAAAAUAUGGAGUAAUUAGACAUUCCACAGACUUGAUAGGGAAGAAGUUUGGAUCAAAGGUGACCUGCAGCAAAGGAGGCUGGGUAUAUAUCCUACAUCCAACUCCAGAGCUCUGGACUGCAAACCUACCCCACAGAACCCAGAUUCUGUACUCCACUGAUAUUGCCAUGAUAACCAUGAUGCUGGAGCUAAGGCCGGGCUCUGUGGUUUGCGAAUCAGGUACAGGAAGUGCUUCAUUGUCACAUGCUAUCAUCAGAACAAUUGCUCCAACGGGGCAUCUGUACACUGUGGAGUUUCACCAGCAAAGAGCAUUGAAAGCAGUUGAAGAAUUUCGGGACCACAAGGUAGACCACCUAGUUACAGUGAAGAAUCAAGAUGUCUGCAAACAUGGCUUUGGAGUAACUGGUAUUGCGGAUGCUGUAUUUCUGGAUAUUCCAUCUCCAUGGGAGGCUAUAACACAUGCAAAAUCUGCUCUUAAAAUGGAAGGUGGUCGGAUUUGUUCAUUCUCUCCAUGCAUUGAACAAGCUCAGCGAACCUGCCAGGCCAUGGAGGAGAAUGGAUUCACAGAGAUUGAUACUUUAGAGAUUUUGCUACGUGUGUUUGACAUCAGAACUGUCAACAUGCAGAUCCCUGACCUUGGGAAGGGGGAAGAGGAUACAUCUGCUGCGGAGUGUGAUGAAAACAGAAAGCCACAGGAGUGUGCUAAGAAGCAGUUUGAACUGCAGGGGACAGUGGCUUUUAAAACUGCAGUCUCUCUCAAAUCGAUGUCAGGACAUACGGGAUAUCUAACAUUUGCAACCAAAAGCUUAUUUUAGAGUGCAUUCCUUUGUACUUUAUGUAGUAAUGCUCUCGUUAGAAUUUCUUUUCAAAACAGUUCCUUAAAUAGUCACAUUUAGCUUGAGAAUGCAGUGUUUAAAUAACAUGCCAAGAGUGAGAAGAGCACUGCAUGCACAUCUGUCUGUCGCAAACUGUGUCUUAAUACUGAGAUUAAUUUUGAUGAAAAGACAGCCUACUGAAUUUUUCAACAAAUAAAACUGCUGGCUUGAGGUGA